CGCCUUGGUUUACUUCUCCGGGUCACGAACUGGAGCACCCAGGAAAGGGGAAAAUGGACGACCAAAAUGGUUCCCAGAAAUCCUCCAUUCCAGUAAAAUUCAUUCUAUUUUGUGUGUUCGAAUGAGUAUUGAAACAAUUAGGGUCUGGGAAACUCCACAAUGAAGAGCGAAGUUGGGUGGUCUCGCCGUCCGAUGUAUUCUAUCACUUUGGUACCAGUGGACUCUCUGUUGCGGUUGCCACCGGUGUCACCCAUCCUCUAGAUGUACUCAAAGUUAGGCUGCAAAUGCAACUUGUUGGCCAGAAAGGUCCUUGGAUAGGAAUGGGAAAGUUAUCUGUUCAAGUAUUGAAGAAUGAAGGACCCAGGUCUAUGUAUCUAGGAUUGGCACCUGCAUUGACGAGGUCGGUUCUUUAUGGUGGUCUACGUUUAGGCUUGUAUGAACCCUCUAAGUUUGUUUGUGACUGGGCUUUCGGGUCCACCAAUAUCUUGGUUAAGAUUGCAUCUGGAGCAUUCUCUGGUGGCAUUGCAACUGCACUUACCAAUCCAGUUGAGGUUCUAAAGGUACGGUUACAAAUGAAUCCAAACUUGAGAAGAGGACCUAUUGGAGAAUUACAGAGAAUUGUUUCUGAAGAGGGAAUUAGAGCUCUCUGGAAGGGGGUUGGCCCUGCUAUGGCCAGGGCGGCUGCUAUGACUGCAUCUCAGCUGGCAUCAUAUGAUGAAUCCAAGCGGAUUUUGAUCAGGCAGACAUCACUUGAAGAAGGAUUCCCUCUUCAUCUCAUCUCAAGUACGGUUGCAGGCACUGUGAGUACCCUCGUAACUGCACCCAUGGAUAUGAUUAAAACCCGUCUCAUGUUGCAACAAGAAUCUAAAGGAGUUGGGGCCUACAAAAAUGGAUUUCAUUGUGCAUAUAAGGUUUUGCUUACCGAAGGGCCUAGGGGACUUUACAAGGGGGGCCUCGCCAUAUUUGCAAGAUUGUGUCCACAGACUACAAUUACCUUUAUACUUGUUGAAAAGCUACGCGAGCUUGCUGGAUUGAAUGCCAUCUAGUCUCGGAAUCGACUGUUUGCGACUGACUGCCGUCAUUUUCUGACUAGAACGGCUUUUUCUGUAGCAUCGCACAUUCAUUGCCAGGAAGUCCUAAUUGAGGGACCUUGUUUUAGACUUCAUAUACAAUUCUUAGGUGACUGAAAUGUCAUUCCAUUAUAAUGGAACCAGGAUUCCUUUGGGGUCCAGUUGCAAUGGUCUAGAAUUUUCAGUUUCUCUGGAUUUUGUUGUAAUAAUAUUCUUUACCCGCCGUUCCCACAUUUUCCUGGGGUCCGGCUGAAUUCAAUUGAACAGAAUCUACUUGUUCUUCCUGUAUUGCUUUCAUGAUUGUUUUAAUAAAAGGGAGGGUGACAUAUCUAUGUUUCCA